AUGCGCUGCGGCGCCGCCCCGCGCCCGCUGCACACGCCCCCGCCGCUGGCGGGGGGGGCGCCGCCCCUGCCCGAUGCGAGCUCGCCGAGCCCCGAGGCGGCGGGGAGCGGCCAGGCGUUCUUCCCCACGGACUCCGUGACCGAGCUCACCUCGGCCGCGCAGCCGCCGAAGCCGCCGAACCGACAGGACGCCGUCGGCGGUGUGGUCGCUGGCCCCGAGUCCCCGAAGGCGUCGCCGAUCGUCGCGUGGCAGCACGAGGGCGCGGCCGCCAGCUCGCAGCUGCGGGAGGGUGCCGUGCAGACCCCCCCGCCACGGGUUGCCGCCCUGCCGUCCCUGGAGUCGGGGGACUCCGUGCCGGGUGACUUCCGCAGCGAGCGGCACGGCCCCACGUCCCGCCCAGGAAAGAUCGCUUCGCGCGGCGGCCCGCGCCCGGUGAAGCAGUCGAACACGGGGCAGCUGUCCGUGGCGACGGGGUCAUCCUCGACCUCGUGGGGCGCGGCGCGUUGUCACGGCAUGUCCCCGAAGUCGAAGACGCCUUCGGCGGGGUGGCGGCGCCAGAGCCAGGGCGGCAUGGCGCGCGUCAGCAGGUUCCUGAGCCCGGGCGGGGGGAACGUCCGGCGGACCAGGACGGACUAA